AUGUGGAACAGACUCUCGCCCAGAUCGGAGUCCAAGUCUGGGAGCGAUUCGAACCACCUUCAUCUUCCUGAAAUUGGAUUUCUGGGGCGUGCGCGAAAGAAACCAACCUCUGAAUUACAAUCGCGCCCAGAUUCGCCUUCUCGCUCUGCUUUCCGGCCCUUUCGUUCUUUUAGUCGCAGGGACCAGUCGUUCCGGCCCGAAAGCACUCUUUCGAACUAUACCAACAAUACCUCUUACAAUCGCCCCCGGGACCCCUCGACCCUCGCCGAUUCCAUUCAUUCCGACUACUCGCAGCCGGCGUGGCAGCCUGCCUCGCAUUCCAACCGCUCUCGCGUCUCGUUCAACUCGCGCUCCGGCAUACAUACCAGCCAGAUGGAGGUCGACCGCACUCGCACCCGGCGGGAGAGGACGUUUAUUGGCAGCGAAUGUGCUGUCUGUGAGGAGCCGCUCGAACAUACUCUGCGCGGCGAGCGGAUCCUCCAAUUCUCAUGCAGUCAUGUGUCCCACGAAGCGUGCUUCUACGAGUAUAUCCGCGAAUUCGAAUCGCAAUACUGCCCGACGUGCAAUGCGCCGUUGAGCUUGGAUACCAGCCGAGGCGGAAAUGUGUUGGACAUCGAGAAAAUCAGCAACAUCGUCCGCUCGGUGACGAUGAGCGACACCGCCACCACCCGCAGCGGCCUGACCACGCCAACCCCAUGGGAGCAACAAUCCACCCGUCGCGCCCCCAGCGACGCCGGCAGCCGCUACAAUGGCCCCACGCAAUCGGCGUAUAGUCGACGAGACAGCCGCGACACCACCGGCCAGCGCGAGCGCGUCGAGCGGCUGACCGCAGGCUCCCACACGCACUCCCGCCAACCGCAUUCCCGCAACGGCAGCGCCGCCGGCUCCUCGGGCGACUACCACAACGACGGCCAACACACCAGCAGCGGCCGCCGCCAUGACUACGACGUGCAGGCCAUGGAGUCUGACCUCAGCCCGCGCCCCGGCGUGACCAAGAACCCCAUCCCGGCCCCCAUUGUGACCGUGCGAAGCGAGUUCCCCACUAUGAACCGAUCCCGCCAGCAACAAACCCUCACCUGCCUGAUCACCGUCGAAGUCCCCGAAGGCAACUGGCGGCCCGACGCGGAGGAUCUCCGACAUACCCCGUCAGGCCAGCCGCAGCCUGACGAGCCGUUCUCGGCGCGCUUCGGAGGCUCGCAGGAUGCGCGGUCGAUUCAGUAUGAGUCGCCGAUGGAGAAUCUGGAUGAGAUGGCGGAGGAGCUGCGAAACCGGGUGGACAAUUGGCAUGGGCUGGAGUUCAAUCGUUUUGGCAAACUGCGGAUGCAUGGACAGAUGCGCGUUGGCAAGGACCGGGAGUCCUGGCAGGAGUUGGAGUGCUAUCUCUUUGGGGAGAUGCUGAUAUGUGUCAAGGAGAAGAAGGUCGCGGAUCACCACAACCAGUACGGAGAGUCGAAGCACAAGACACGCUGUACCCUGAAGGGUUCGAUUCUCAUCAAGAAGCACCUGAAGUCCAUCGAGUCGUCCCCUGAUGAGCCCAUCUUGUCGCUUAACCUCUCUGUUAGCGAAUUGCCCUGCUUCUUCCUCCGCUUCCCGAACCGCAACCAGCUGGAGAUGUGGCGCCGAGCAUUGAUGGACCUGCACCCCGUAGAGAACCUGUCUCGUCAGAACGACUACGAUCUGGACAACUCGGGUGCCGAGGAGGACGAUUAUCGUACCAGUCGGAUUCAGCGACAGGCCUCGCUGAACUCUUCCUACGGCGCGGGCAAGUCCAACAACACCGCCAUCACCGAAUACACCAACCCGGACAUGGAGGCCCCGUCAAUUGACUGCUUCCAUAUCCCUCUUGACCUCGUUGUGGUCAUCCCUGUCUCCUCAUCGAUGCAGGGCCUCAAGAUUACUCUUCUCCGCGACGCUCUAAAGUUCCUCGUCCAGAACCUGGGUCCCCGGGACCGUAUGGGCCUGGUGACAUUUGGGUCUAGUGGUGGCGGCGUUCCUCUGGUGGGCAUGACAACCAAGAACUGGAACGGAUGGAACAAGAUUCUUGAUUCCAUUCGCCCUGUUGGUCAGAAAAGUCUCCGUGCCGAUGUCGUGGAAGGUGCGAAUGUUGCCAUGGAUCUUCUGAUGCAGCGCAAGUGCAACAACCCUGUCUCGACCAUCCUGCUCAUCAGCGACUCGUCGACCUCCGACCCUGAAAGCGUUGACUUUGUCGUCUCUCGUGCCGAGGCCGCCAAGGUCAGCAUCCACUCCUUCGGCCUAGGCCUCACUCACAAGCCGGACACGAUGAUCGAGCUGUCCACCCGCACCAAGGGCUCUUACCUCUACGUCAAGGACUGGAUGAUGUUGCGCGAGUGCGUCGCCGGCUGUCUAGGCGCACUGCAAACAACCUCCCACCAGAACGUGAAGUUAAAACUUCGCCUUCCAGAGGGCUCCCCGGCAAAAUUCGUCAAGAUCAGCGGUGCCCUGCACACAACGAAGCGCGCAACAGGCCGCGACGCCGAAGCCGCACUGGGCGACCUCCGCUUCGGCGACAAGCGCGACGUCCUCGUCCAGCUCGUCAUCCAACCCGACAACACAACCCAAGACAACAUGCCCCAGGACCCCUGGGAGAGCCUCGUCUCGGGCCUGGAAGCACUCGGCGGCGGUCUAGACGGCGACGAACAGCGCGUCCUGAGCGUUGAAGAAGUCCCCCUCAUCCAAGCCGACCUAACAUACGGCGACCUCCUCCGCGACGGCCACCUCACUCACUCCCCGCGUCCCUCCCUCCUCGCCAUCACCAUGCUCCCGCCAAACCCCCGCGCAAAGGGCGGCCGCCCUAGCACACCUCCCAUCCCCCCUCACCCCUCCAUCGUCCAACGCCGCAUGGAACUCCUCACGUCCGACAUGUUAACCCGCGCCCUCACUCUCGUCUCCCGGGGCCAGCAUGACCGCGGCCAACACCUCCUCAACGAAACAAGGAGUAUCCUCAAGGGCCUGGGCAAGGGCGGCCUCCCGCCUCUUCCGCCUGGCGCGAACGGCGCUCGCUCCGGAACAAGCGAGAACGGAAGUCGAACCGAUACGCCCAAUUCCAGCUCCUCGCCCAAGUCAUCUACCUUCGCGGAGAGCCACGCCUCCUCCGCCUCGGAUACGAAUACCAUCACGCCUGCUUCGUCAGUCGAUGCCUCGACGAUGGUCGCGCUGAACGCGGACCUGGACUCCGCCCUCGAGUGGAUUAACCACCCCGCUGUCUUUGGCCGUGAUUCCAGGAAAGCCGUGCUGCAGAGUAUCGGGACGAUCUCUUCGCAGCGCGCUUAUACCUACCGCACGCCCUCGGAGGCGCAUUGGGCUCAGAGGAUUGCCGGUGUUAGACGGUUGACGGACAAGUCGAAGGACUGGAGGGAAAUGGGCGAUGACGCCUUGACGGAGGAGUGA